CUAAAUAUGUCCGGUAAAGCAUAUUUAGCGUGGAAUAUGUUAGCUUUGGCUUCACGAGAAGACGAACGACGUGAACAAGGACGAUUUCAAGCUAGUGUACGAAAGUGUCUUGGACAUCCACUUGAAAAUUUGAGUGAUAAUAAUUUUAUUAAAGAAUAUAGGCUAAGCAAAGAGGCUUUCGAGUAUUUGUGUGGACUCCUAAGAGCUCACACAGAUUUGAAAUCAUCACAAAGAGUAUCCCUUGACACAAAGGUUUUAUGUGCAUUAUUAUUUUAUGCACAUGGCAGCUAUCAGCGAAUUACUGGCAAAGCUCAUCAUUUUUCCCAGGAGGCAAUGAGUGUCUUUAUUCAUCAAGUAACACAAGCUUUAAACCAUCCAAUAAUUUUAAAAAAAUUCAUAAAAUUUCCAACGAGAAGAGAAGAAAGGGAUACCAUUAAACAAAGUUUCUUCAAUAAAUAUGGCUUCCCAGGAGUAAUAGGGUGUAUUGACGGAAGUCACUUUAAAAUAUUUACACCCAACAAAGAAGAGGAGCACUUAUAUUUCUGUAGGAAACAUUAUCAUUCUCUUAAUGUGCAAAUGAUAUGUGACCACAAUUGUAACAUCCUCUCUGUAAAUGCAAAGUUUGGAGGUGCAACACACGAUGCAUUUAUAUGGGAGAAUAGCAAUAUCAAUGAUUACAUACAAUCAUUGCACAGGCAGAAUGAGAUUGUGUGGCUGCUUGGCGAUUCCGGUUACCCUCAACGGCCAUGGUUGAUGACACCCUAUUUAGACCCGCCUCCAAAUUCGAUGAAGGAAGUCUACAAUGUAGCUCACAUAUCCACAAGAGUUGUCAUUGAGAAUACUUUUGGGCGUUUGAAAAACCGAUGGCGCUGUCUACAUAGGGAUAGGACUUUACACUAUCAACCAGAAAAAUGUGCACAAAUUAUUUUAGCAUGUUGUGUGUUACACAACAUUGCACUGAAAUACAAUAUUCCGGAUCCUGAGGAUAAUAUUGGUGUAGGAACACAAGAACCAUUUGAACAAGAUGAGCUGGUGUUUGUAAAUGAAUCAACCAGUAAUGUAUUACUCAGGGGGCGCACAAUACGGGAUCAAGUGGCAAGAAGACUUUCCCAAAGACGAUAAAAUCAAAAGACUAAAAUUCUUUCAUCAUGUUAUCCUAUAAUAAUUGACCACCUGUUAGUUACAUUUUAAUUCAAUGUGGCUUUUAUACUCAUAAUAUACUUAAAUAUGGUUAUAAUA